CACACAAUGGCUUUGAGGAAAAUGAUACACCUACUGGUUCUUGUGAGCCUUCUGUCUGCAGAAUCUAAAGCACAGCUUGAAGUAUGUGGGACCACACUGCCUAACCCCAGAAUAGUUGGAGGUGAAGAUGCUGCUCCUGGAAGCUGGCCAUGGCAGGUCAGCCUUCAGAGAAAUGGCAGCCAUUUUUGUGGUGGUUCCCUAAUCAGCAAAGAGUGGGUGAUGAGCGCUGCUCACUGCCUUUAUGGAACUACAACAAAAGGGUGGCAGGUUUCUCUCGGUAGUCAGAACCUGCAGGGUGAAAAUCCCAAUGAAGUGUCCAGAGGUGUUGCCACAAUCAUUACACACCCAGACUAUGACAACAGCUUCAACAAUGACAUUGCUUUACUUCAACUCUCCUCACCUGUUGAGUUCACCGACUACAUUAGACCUGUGUGUGUGGCAGCGAGCGGCAGUGUGUUCAACAAUGGCACCGAGAGCUGGGUCACUGGCUGGGGUAAAAUCAAAGAAGGAGAAUCGUUACCAUCGCCUGAAACUCUUCAAGAGGUGACGGUGCCAGUUAUAGGAAACAGACAGUGUGACUGUCUGUAUGGAGUCGGUACAAUCACAGACAAUAUGAUCUGUGCUGGUGUUCUGGCAGGAGGCAAAGACUCAUGUUGGGGGGACUCAGGGGGACCGAUGAUGAGUAAGCAGGGCUCCGUCUGGGUCCAGUCAGGAAUUGUUAGUUUUGGUCGUGGCUGUGCUCAGCCCAAUCUGCCAGGAGUCUACGCCAGAGUGUCCCGUUAUCAGUCCUGGAUCAGCUCUCACAUUAGCUCUGACAAGCCAGGCUUUGUCCAGUUCGCCUCCAGUGGAGUGGAUCCUGAUAGCAGCUACACCUGUCCAGAUCUGCCAUCUACAUAGCAAGACCCAGAACUACAAGGGCAACAACUCCUUCAAGAAAUCUUUUUAAAAUGCAGUAAAAUAGAAAAUUCUCUAAAGUUAUUCACAUCUUUCUCUGUCUUUUAACCUCAGUAUUUCUGUUCUUGUGAUCUGUUAAUGAGGUGACU